AAUCAAUCUCUUUCACUUCCCAACAAAAUCUAUGUUCUAUAGAAUCCUAUGGAUGUUCUUUGUGAUCCCAUCUUGUGUUCUCUCAGCUAGCGAGCUUCACAUACGCUGCAGUGAACCGUUUAGUUGCGGCAAUCAGAAUGAUCUCUCGUACCCAUUCUGGAUUACUGGCAGAGACGAGUGCGGCCACCCUGAGUACAAGCUCGAAUGUAACACAAACUCCGGUUUCCCAGAGGUUAGCAUCUCCUCCGUCAAAUUCACAAUCUUACAGGCAAACUACCCUACCUCCCGUAUCAUAAAACUCGCUAGAUCGGAGUAUAUAACCGAUGUUUGUCCCCAAAACCCAUUAACUGAACCUUUCAACGAAAACGUCCUUCGACUGGUCUCUGGCACCGAGCUGCUGACGAUUUAUUACGACUGCCAAGAAUUUCGAACUUCAACUUAUGUCGGGGAGCUUACUUGUGAUGAUGGACGAAGUUACUUUGUUACAAGAAGCCUCUCGUCCCCUCAACUUGAAGGUAUGAGUAGCCUUUUAAACGAGUUGAUGGGAUCGUGCAAAAGAAACGUCAGUGUUCCCGCAUCUGGACCAGCGCUGAAUACACUACAAAGCAAUCCCAGUCAAGAUAAUUUUAGAAAAGCUCUUAGAGAGGGUUUCGAGGUUGGACAAAACCGAGAAUGUUUGAAGUGCAUGGACUCUGGGGAUGCUUGUGGUUAUAAUCAGACCUUAGGUGGAUUCGUCUGUUAUUGUAUAGACGGGGGUGCUUGCAGAUCUAGAAACAAGGGCCUAUCAUCGGAAGCGAGAGCAGGAAUUGGGUUUGCUUCUGCAUUCAUGGGAACUACUGUUAUAGCGGGAGGCUUAUUAUGUGUCCUUAGGCGAAGGAAGACAUCACAUAUUCAGAGACAACAUAAUCUAAAGGCCCUUAUACCACUGAAACGCUAUAGCUAUGCGCAGCCUUCACCAUCAGAUCGCCCACCGAUGAACAAAGUAGUAGAGAUGAUUGAAGGAAGUGUGGAUGCUCUUGAAGUCCCUCCAAGGCCUGUUUUCCGAAUUCCAGCACCACCUCUUGAAGAAUCUUCUACAUUUUCAGAAGAUAUAUCGAGUUACACAGAAUUAUGUUCCAUGAAUGUCGCAUAA